AUGGCAAAAGACCGAAGCGACAAGGAAAAGAGGAAGGAGAAGAAAGAGAAGAAGCGCUCGGAGGUAGAUGGUGUUCAUAAAAAGUCCAAGAAGGAUAAGGAAAGGAAGAAGACCACAAUAACAGCCGAUGUUGCUGAGAAAGAUCUGACCGACAAGGUCCUGGCCCAAUUGGACACUACUGAAGAUGUCAUCAUGGAAGCAGAAAAUCAACAGAAGGAGGAACGACCUGUUGGCUCCCUUGUACCUUUUGCGAACCCAUUAGCAGACGACAAGGCUGCGAAGAAAGUCCUAAAGAGUGUCAAGAAAGCCGCGGUGAACAAGUCUCUAAAACGAGGUGUUAAAGAAGUUGUAAAGGCCGUUAGAAAGUCCCCUAUGGCUGCUGCAAAUGUGGCUGUCACUACACCGAUCGGCAUUGUUGUCUUAGCAGCCGACAUUUCCCCAAUGGACGUAAUAUCGCAUAUCCCCGUUUUGUGCGAAGACCACGGAAUCCCAUACGUAUACGUAACGUCUCGAGCAGAAUUAGGAAACGCUGGUGCUACCAAGAGACCAACCAGCGUUGUCAUGGUUCUACCACAGUCCGGGGGAAAGAAGAAGAAGGAGGAAUCUAAGGACGAUGCCGAGAAUAAAGAAGAAUACUCUAAGGAACCGAAUGCCAUACUGUCAAAACUGCCCGUACUUCCGGGGAAGCCAGACUUACUUCGUUGUGUUCCCAUACUUCUCGCUACUCCCGCGUUUGCCUCGUGGACGCAGCCGCACGGCUCCCAGUUACCUUCGGUAAUAAACCAUGUAUUCCGAAACUCGCUAGGAACGGGACGCGCAGUCAAGGACGUCUUUUCUAUAUCGGCUAUUGUGGACAAGCUACCAGCUUCGGAUGAAACAGAACAGCCCCGAAAAUCUACUCCGGACAAACGCGUACAAGCUGGGAGUGAAGGGAUAUCCGUUCUUCUGAUAGAUCGUGAUCAUCUAUCGGCAGAUAUCGUUAAACCUACGCGUAGGCGAGAUAUCUCGAUGCAUCAAGUCGAGCCCAUUAUCACCUACGUUGCUUCUACCGGGGAAAAUUGCACCGGACUUGUUUCUACUGAAGUAGGGAUCUAUGUCGCGAACACAGUUUUUAUCACAGGAGUGCCGCGAACUAUGUUAGCAUCACGCUGGCGAUCCGAUGGCACCGAUAGGCUUGAAUUAGAGGACGCGCAUGAUCUUGCGUUCUGUCGAAUCGAACCAACAACCAAAUCAUCUAAAGUGGCUCCUUUUGUUCCUUUGCACCCUGUUACUGAGCCUAGGAAGGUUCUGGCGAGCAUGGGGAAUGUUUUAAGCCAAAUUUCCAUUGGGGAUGGCACUGCAAAAUCUGCUCCAGCAUCAGCAGAACUUGAGAAAGCGUUACCUUUAUAUAUAAACAGACAUCAGCUACAGAAUCAUAGGCUGGCAGUCUGGGCUCUUGUCACACCGAGAGGAUCAAAAACUGAAACUUGGACUCAGAAUAAAUGCAAGGUUGAUUCUGUGUCGAAUUCUAUCAGAAAUGGUGCUCGCCUUCACCGUUUAAUGAGCGGAGGAGGCGGAUGGGGUAAGAAGCAAGGCCUCUUAUCAUUAGACCCUGAAUUCAGCUACCAAGAAGACAACGGCUCUGGCCAACCUCGCCGUAUCUACGACUUAUUUGAAGGUGGCGUUCAAACAGAGCCGAGCGUGGACGGUCUGGCUUUCGAAACCCCUAACUUGAUGGAAUUCAGUGACGGGAAGCUGAUAACCCCAUUGUCAGAAACUGCAAAGCCAGGAGAUACUGUUCAGUUUUUUGUCGCGCCUUUGGAUAAUGGAGUUCCCAUUCAUGUACCAGCGAAUAGCCUUCAUCCGGUAUUUACAGAGACUGGGAACUAUCUAUUUGGCGUGAUCCCGCCUGCUGAUGCCGAGUGUUCGCCCUCAACGAGCUUCGAGGAGAACCGGCAACCUCCUGGUUUUACGCCUGACUGCCUUGCUGUCCUACCAAAUAAAUUCGGGGCGCUUUCUGAGAAAGGCAUAACGUUUGCAACCGUUGAAAGAGGCUGCGCCUCAGAAUCCAAACGACAUGUUCAACUAUCAGGAACUAAAAUCGAUGUUCCCGGUUCAAGAAUAAUUCUAGACAUCAAAUAA